AUGACUGAAAACGUGGCUCUCUGGAGACUCAGCCUGAGGCAGGGAUGGGGAGAAGAGAGUGUGGGUAUCCUGGGGCACUCUCACCCUGGCUUAGCCUAUCCAAGCUUUACUCAACCUGGACAGCUGUCAAACAAAACAGUGGAAGCUGUCCUCAGGGUCCUCCAGAAGCUGGGGAAAGCUGAUGAAACAAAAGAUGAACAGUUUGAAGAAUAUGUGCAGAACUUCAAACGACAGGAGGCAGAGGGUACCAGACUUCAGCGAGAACUCCGGGGAUAUUUAGCAGCAAUCAAAGGCAUGCAGGAGGCCUCAAUGAAGCUCACCGAGUCACUGCAUGAAGUCUAUGAGCCAGAUUGGUAUGGGCGGGAAGAUGUGAAAAUGGUGGGUGAGAAAUGUGAUGUGCUGUGGGAAGACUUCCAUCAGAAACUAGUGGAUGGGUCCUUGCUGACACUGGACACUUAUCUGGGCCAAUUUCCUGACAUAAAGAAUCGCAUCGCCAAGCGCAGCAGGAAGCUGGUGGACUACGACAGUGCCCGCCACCACCUGGAAGCUCUGCAGAGCUCCAAAAGGAAGGAUGAGAGUCGGAUCUCUAAGGCAGAAGAGGAGUUUCAGAAAGCACAGAAAGUGUUUGAAGAGUUCAAUGUUGACCUACAAGAAGAGUUACCAUCAUUAUGGUCAAGACGAGUUGGAUUUUAUGUCAAUACUUUCAAAAACGUCUCCAGCCUUGAGGCCAAGUUUCAUAAGGAAAUUGCAGUGCUUUGCCACAAACUCUAUGAAGUGAUGACGAAACUGGGUGACCAGCAUGCUGACAAGGCCUUCACCAUUCAAGGGGCCCCCAGAACAAGGUGUGAUUCUGGACCUCUCCGUAUUGCAAAGACACCAUCACCACCAGAGGAGGUUUCGCCCCUGCCAAGCCCAACAGCCAGUCCUAAUCACACGCUAGCACCUGCAUCUCCUGCACCAGUGCGGCCCAGAUCGCCUUCACAGACAAGGAAGGGUCCCCCUGUCCCACCUCUGCCUAAAGUCACCCCGACAAAGGAACUGCAGCAGGAGAACAUCAUCAAUUUCUUUGAGGACAACUUUGUUCCAGAAAUCAGUGUAACAACUCCUUCCCAGAACGAUAUCCCAGAGGUGAAGAAAGAGGAGACUUUGCUAGAUCUGGACUUUGACCCUUUCAAGCCUGAGGUGGCACCUGUGGGUUCUGCUGGAGUGACUCACUCACCCAUGUCUCAGACAUUGCCCUGGGACUUAUGGACGACAAGCACUGAUUUGGCACAACCGGCUUCUGGUGGUUCAUUUAAUGGGUUCACACAGGUAAGGAAUCAAGACACUUCACUAUUUGCAAUGCAGGCAGAUCAGAGCAUGGCCGAAACUGAACAGGCUCCCCCCACAGAGCCGAAAGCAGAGGAACCUCCAACCACUGCUGCUGCACCUGCUGUUGGGCUGGACAUUGAACUGGACACUCAGGCUGAGGAGCCAGUAGAGGAGACUGAAGUCUUACCUGGAACUGAUGCUGAUGUGGCUGUGGGACCCUCCGUGUCAGCUGAGGGGGCCUUGGUGGAGGAAGCAGAGGCAGAGAAGGCAGCUCUCCCUGUUGGGGAAGGAGGAAAGCUAGAGGAAGCCAUAAUUGAUACUGAAACCACCGAGGUUGUAGACAGUGACAGACCUCAGUCAGCAGAGACAGAAGCAGCAGCAGCACCUCAAGUCAUUCCUUCCGUCGUCAUUGAGCCUGCCUCCAACCAUGAAGAGGAGGGAGAUCACGAAAUAGGAGAGAUUAAGGAGGCCACCAAGGAUGUGGAUCCUGUAGUUUCCACAGGGGAGACUCAAGAGCUGGCCACGGAUCAGAAGCCCCUGGAGGACCUUCACGCUGUGCCUCCUGCACCAGCGGGUGCUGUAGACCAGUUCGCAUCUGCAGGGGAGGCCACCCAGGAUGUGCCUCCUGGUUUUCUCUACAAGGUGGAAACACUGCAUGAUUUUGAGGCAGCAAAUUCUGAUGAACUUAACCUACAAAGGGGUGAUGUGGUGCUGGUGGUCCCCUCAGAUUCGGAAGCUGACCAGGUGCUGGGAGUGGGGCAUGGGGUGGGUGGUAUCAAUCUCUAUCCUUCAGGUUGUAACCCAUUUGUUCAAGGCAUGUUCCCUUUGGAAGGUCCAGUGAUUGCCUCCAAGUCCACGUUUCUUUGCUCAUUAAAUGGUUAUCAAGCUCUUGCAAAGUCAUUGCUGGUGGUAGCAAAGUGUCCAACCCUGGGGGAUGGAGGAAUAGGAUGCAAGUGGUUACCAGCCAUGGAGAAAGGAGAGCAGGGAGGAGCAGUGAACGAGGAGUAUGGACAGCGCCCAGUGGAUCGAUGA